AAUCCGUGGUGCACAUCACACGAGAGCUCGAGAGGAAGGGGUCAGAACGUAGGAAUCGUAGGAAUACCGUUGUUUGUAUUAUGGGAGGGUUUUGAAUUCAUAUAAAUUCGUAUUGUGGGAAGUGAAAUCUUAUUACGUGAUGGUGAAAUUAAUGAAGAAAUGAAAAAUGAAAUAACCAGGAUGUUGAACCGACGACUUCAAUUAAUGCCAAUAAUAUGUAGAAAUUAUUUAAUUUUGAAAAAUCAUCAUGUUACGAAAAGUAAUUGACAGUCCAAUCAGACGUCUCCCGCAGAUUUACAGUUGUAAAUAUGUAAGCUUAUAUAAACAGGGCCAAUCUUCAGAAUCUUCAGUAAGAGAAUAUUUCUAUUACAUCGAUCAUCAGGGAAUGUUAUUCCUUGAUGAUGCUCGGAUAAAAAAUUUCACAUCAUGUUUCAAAGAUAAAAAGUUUCUGGAAUUCUUCUUCAGAAGGUUGAGGCUGAAUACCACAGGACGAUACAUGGAAGAAUUUCCUUACCUCUCGGUGUGUGGACGUGAACGUAAUUUUAUACGUUGUGAUGAUUUCCCUGUUGUUUUCACUCAUGUGAUCAGAGGUACUGUAAAUGGACAGACAGAAGAUCAGCUGAGCUAUGGACAUGCGGGAGAUUUGCUGAGGGUAAAGUUUGAACCAGAAAAGAUAUUUAUGCUGCCAGAAUCUGGGCGGGUUUAUCAUCCUGCACCUGAAAAUGUGGGUGGUGUGGGGCUGGUAAGAUCCAAGUUGGCCAUCGAUUUCAGUAAGUGUUUUGAGUUUGAUGAUGAACAUAAAAAUCCAAUCCAUUUUAUGUGGAAUGGUAGCAAAUAUAAAUUAGAAAGAGGUUGGUAUUAUGAAGCAGUACAGAAAAACUGAUUACUGAAGUAUAGUUCCUGGCAAACUGAAUAUCAUGUUAUCAGUUAUCAGUAGAUGUUCACUGGCAUGAUGGAAUAUUAUAAACAUAUCUUUUAUAAGGAACAACAGUGAAGUUACAUUUUUUGCUUGUAGAAACAAUGAAUAUAUGUUAUAAAACAUCUUGGUUAGUGGAUAUUUUGUAACAUACACUUUAUGUUUCUGUAUGCAAUAUUAUAUUUAUCAUGGAGAACAUGCAAAACUUACGGUCCUUCCAGAACAAAAUAUGAUUCACUAUGAUUGGAACGAGUACCAUAACAUUUAUUUUUAACAUCUGAAUUGAAAAAAGAAUUUGUCUUAGUAAUUUAUGGAUUAUCAUACAAAUUGAAUCCUGUAGAAAAGUUUUUAGGAAUAAUAGUUACAGUACCUGUCUAGGCAAACCAACAAGUGCAGACUGCCUUGCAUUUCAUAAUAAUGUAUGACAUACUGAAAAAAAAUGUGAUAUUUUUUCCAAUCACCAAGUAAAAUAUGCUGCUUAUAACCAUGUGUCAUUGUGUUUUGCUCAAAUAUUUGUGUGAAGAAACUAGACAAAUCCAAGUAGCAUUAUGAAGGUGUUCUCAAUUGUGUCAUCUCGCUUAAAAAAAAAACUAUUGUUCUCUUCAGCAACAUUAUUCUGUAUAUACCAAUGGGUUAAGUAAAUUUCAUGUUUUGGAAGUGAA